AUGACGCUCGCAUCUGCCCUCGGUCUUCGCCGCUCCCCAAGGAACCAUCGGUCCCAUGCCGCCAACCGCAAUGCCGGUCUCAAGUCUGCCUUGACCAACCCGAAUAGUACCCAUGCAGGCAGGGCCCAGGCUAAACACGAACUACACAUGCGCGGCCAGAGUGCGCAUGUCCCCCUCAUGGCAAAGGUCAAGCGUGCACUUGGCAUGCACCAGACACCCCGUCAUCAACGUAAAGUUAACAAUGCCAGAGCCCGCGCUCGCAGGCAAGCCGGAACGACUCGCAAGACCCACCGUCGUCGCCACUACUAA